AGGGUCUGAUUAGAACAGGUCAGACGUACUUAAUAAGCAGUUCUCCACACAGCUUCAGGCCCAAAACCUUUAGCCUGGGAAGGGAUCAUGAAGUGGCUUUGGGUCCUUGGGCUUGUGGCCCUCUCAGAGUGCUUGGUCAAAAUCCCUCUGAUGAAGAUUAAGUCCAUGCGCGAAAACCUGCGGGAAAGCCAAGUGCUGAAGGAUUACCUGGAGAAGUACCCUCGCAGCCGUGCCCACGUGCUUCUUGAGCAGCGCCGGAACCCAGCCGUAACUUAUGAGCCUAUGAGGAACUACCUAGACCUGGUCUACAUUGGCAUCAUCAGCAUUGGCACGCCCCCUCAAGAGUUCAGGGUUGUCUUGGAUACUGGAUCUUCAGUCCUGUGGGUACCAUCCAUCUAUUGCUCCAGCCCAGCCUGCGCUCACCACAAAGCCUUCAACCCGCUUCGGUCUUCCACUUUCCUGGUCUCGGGCCGACCUGUGAAUGUUGCCUAUGGCUCAGGAGAGAUGUCCGGAUUUCUUGCCUACGACACUGUCAAGAUUGGGGACCUCACGGUUGUGGCCCAGGCCUUUGGCCUGAGCCUGGAAGAACCUGGCAUUUUCAUGGAAUAUGCUGUCUUUGAUGGUAUCCUGGGGCUGGGAUACCCCAACCUUGGCCUUCAGGGAAUCGCACCCGUCUUUGACAACCUGUGGCUACAAGGCCUGAUCCCCCAGAAUCUCUUUGCCUUCUACUUGAGCAGCAAGGAUGAAAAGGGCAGCAUGCUGAUGCUAGGUGGCGUGGAUCCCUCCUACUACCAUGGAGAGCUUCACUGGGUACCAGUGUCCAAGCCCAGCUACUGGCAGUUAGCUGUGGACAGCAUCUCCAUGAAUGGGGAGAUCAUUGCCUGUGAUGGUGGCUGCCAAGGUAUUAUGGACACGGGGACCUCCUUGCUGACCGGCCCCCGAAGCUCCAUCCUUCACAUCCAGAAUCUCAUCGGUGCCAAGGCUUCUGGUGAUGGCGAGUACUUCCUCAAGUGUGACACCAUCAACACCCUACCUGAUAUUGUCUUCACCAUUGGCAGUGUUACCUACCCAGUGCCAGCCAGUGCCUACAUCCGAAAGGAUCGUUCACACAAUUGCAGAAGCAACUUUGAGGAAGGCAUGGAUGACCCGUCAGACCCUGAGAUGUGGGUGCUGGGGGAUGUCUUCCUGAGGCUGUAUUUCACCGUGUUUGAUCGGGCAAAUAACAGGAUUGGUCUGGCUCCUGCUGCAUGAGUGUUGGGCCUCCUUCAGGGAAUAGCCGGGCAUGCCCCUCAACAUGGGCUUGAGUGCACACAGGGCAUUUCAUUCAGGGAGCUGACCCCAGGCUAUGGGGAGCUCUGCAAAGCCCUGUUCUGUGUAGGGAAUAAAGAUUGCAUUCACAAAGCC